GUUUCGUCACCGCUGUUGUCAUGACCACGAAGUUCUGUUUCCUAUGAAGGCAGAGUGGCGUGCGGUGGGUUAACUUUCAUUUGUCUUCUGUUGGCUGAUUGUAGCGUCAGUUCAUUCGGUGACCGCUCAAGUUUCAGAACGGAGUGCGCAGCGUUUGUGAAGACGUGUUUUCACGGCAAUCAGCUGGAACCAGACGCCCCACCAGGUGACGCUCGGUUUUAAGGGACGUACUGAAUCGCUCGGACAUUUUCGUACAAGGAAUCUCACCAAACGUCUAAAAGUAUUCAUAUUAAUUGUACGAAGGCAAUCCAGGAAGGAGUAGUAGAGCCAAAAGAUGGACACGGUUAUGCAAAACCCCCGCGUCGGCUCGUACAGCGAAGGCCCGUUUUUGAAAUACAAACCGUGCGUCCAAACACCAGUCGUCUCGACGCUGGACGACCUUAUCAGAGAGUUGUACGUCGUUUUCAAUUCGGAUUCCGUGAACGUCGAGUUUGUUCACCAACUCAUGUCCAUCUACAAGAGCAACCCCGCUGAAUGGAAGAGAUUCGCCAAAUUUGAUAGAUUCAGGUACACCCGAAACCUGGUGGAUGAUGGAAAUGGUAAGUUCAACCUGUUGAUCUUAUGCUGGGGUGAAGGCCAUGGUUCUCCAAUCCAUGACCAUGCUGAUUCACAUUGCUUUAUGAAGAUUCUGGAGGGAUCGCUAAGUGAGGUUAGGUUCACUUGGCCUAAGAGUGACGCAGCUGCCUACAAACAAACUAUAAAUAGCAGUAAUGAAUGUAAGAAUCUGAAGGAAAUCUCUAGGGGAGAACUACACCUCAAUGAAGUUGCCUACAUCAACGACUCAAUUGGUCUCCACAGAGUAGAGAAUCUGAGCAAUGUAAACCCUGCUGUCAGUUUGCACCUUUACAGCCCCCCAUUUAACAAAUGCAAGGUGUUUGAUCAGCAGACAGGGCACAGCACAUCAACAAAAGUGACAUUCUGGUCCAAAUUUGGAGAAAAAUGGAACAGGGACAUACAAUCAUCUCAUGCUCCAGAAGAUGAUUAACAUUGGCUUCUACAAGCUGUUCUCCGAAGAAUUUCUAUCCAACAAAUGUGAAUAUUGGCUGUAUUCUGUAUAGUGUUUCAUUAUAUAAGAUUUGAGGUUUUCACAGCGGUGAGUAUGAAGAUUUCUGUCUUCUGGGUUGUUGCGCCGUGUGGUAUGGUAGAUGUUUACCAAUGUUUCAGAGACGGAGGCAGUAUGACCUCUGAAACGAUGGUAAACAUCGACCAGACUACACGGCGCAACAACACAGAAGACAGAAAUCUGUUUCAUUAUAGAUGAAAUGAAGUGAAACAUAGGAACCUCUAUGGAUACAUGAUGAGCUAGUUUUUUUUAUUCUGCAAGUAUUUCACCUGGAAAGAGUUGCUGUAAGAGUCUUUAUCUAAGUCACUAGAUUAAUGCUCACAAAAUCCAUAAGUUGGAAAUAUUAAUGCAUAUAUACAGAUUACAGAAGUACUGAAACAUUUUGUAAAUUAAAACAAUCUCAUCUUUUGUUCUUUGUAAGAUUUUUCUUCGCAGUCCCAAGUGAUGUGAGAUUUUCAUAAGAGUGAAAAUAAGGAUUGUGGUCUUCUGGGUUACGACACUUUCAUGUAUCAAUUUAGGUUGUGAAAUGUUAAGUCUAAAAAGCAUGUAGAUUUAUUGACAUUUAUAAGUUUACCUGCACCAGAUACAGCUUAAAACAAAUGGCAACUUUACAGCUGCUCGCAUAGUGACGUCUGAUAUACAAUUGCUGACAGGUUUCUGGAUAUAUUUCCAUCCUGUAUGUCUGAAGGUUGCCAGGAGACUGUAUAUUGUGUAAUGCAUAAAAUAUUUCAUCACUAGAUGUGAGAUGCCACAUUCUUUCAUUCUUUUGAACCAGAAAUUAGUGAUAAGUUAAGAAUUAUUUCAUCAGAAUAAUUAUAAUCAAGUGUUUUCUUUUCCUGUAGUAUACAAACUUUCAUGUGUCAGUUAAGUGUUUUGCUGUUUAUGUAGUUAUUAAUAAUGCACGUAUAACAUUAAUUUAAAAUAGAGCUAUAUACAGAUAUAAGCCUUAUAUAAGAGUUUAAUAAAGAUGUGAGAUAUAAAGAAAUAAGCAAUUUAUUUA